AUGGCCCGCACGACUGCAUCACGGGCUCGAUCGUCCCACGCGCCGCCGCCUGCGCACUUUCGUGGUCACUGCCUCUACAAGACGGGCAAGUGCUUCCUCGAGCGCGCGCUCAAGACAAACGGCCAGCCGCACAACCUCUGCGACUUCCACCGCUUGAAGCAAAACCAAAACCAACGCCGGCUCGACUGGAAGGUGCGAGCAAAGCAAGCGGCGCGCCACGAAGCCAUCACGACAAGUUCAGGGGUGCGCGUGCAGCCGGCCCCCGAGUCGCCACCAGCGUGGCUGCCCCCAAGUGCCCGCGACCCGACCUCCCGCGCAACGUACCGAGCCCAAGUCAUCCAACAACUCGUGCGGUUAGUGUCAGAAGAGGUCCUGGCCUCGGACUUUAUCCAGCCACAGCUCGUCUACUCGAGCUCCGAGCCUCAAGCCGUCGCCUAA